GAAAAAGCGAAUCGGAUAGGUUCCGAAUUCCGAGUUCCGAGUUCCGAGUUCCGAGUUCCGAGUGCACGAGCGUGUAGGAGGGUUGGUUGGACUGGUUGCAUGACGCUCGGGUAGCUCGGCGAUACCAUGACGUAUCGACCGAGCGCGCCACGCAGACUGACGUCACGAUCACGGCCUCAGUCAGACCGCGAGCACGUGAACAGCACGCCGGUGAUCACGCGGUCGUCGGCUGAUUGCCGAGCUCCGAUUGGUCGGCCACGGCGAGCCCCUUGACGGGAUUGGCCGCAAUGGUGCGCGCCGCAUGAUCACGCACACAACGGGCACAGCGUGUCGGGCCACAACCGACCUGAGAAAGCUUCAUUGCGUUACCAGACGUUCAACGGUUACCUCCCUUGCGAGUUUUUUCGCGAGACCAGUAAUACCGUAUACAGCACGAUCGACUGCGUUUACCCGUCGUUCGGGCCGUGCCUCUUUCAACGCGCGCCUCCCUUGCAACACGCCGCGCUUCUUUCUCUUUGAAAACAAAAAUGGAUACGAAUCAAACGCCGCUGUCGCCACCGGCCUCACCCCAAUUCAAACAUGUGGAGCCUUUGCAAUCGUCGUUCAGCGUCGCGGCGCUUCUGGGGGACAAACUUUUGCGGAAAGCCGAGACUGCCGGGUUAAAUUCGAAAAAAGACGACGACGCGGGUUCGCGGCCGGGCUUACCGCCCACGCCGCAACCGUCGGAUUCGGAAGAGGACGAGCCUCUGCGAAAACGACGGUGUACGGAGCAAUGCGAAUUGGUAAAGCUACUGCUAGACGGUACACCGCCGCCGAGUCCGGAGCCUGCUCGAGUAUCGGUGAUAAUGCGAGCGAACCGAGAUGGUACCUACAGUCCAGCCAACUUAACGCCGAAAACAACCGUGCCGAUUCCGCAAUUGGUCCCGCGCGAGGCACAGCUCGAUCCACAGUCCAGCAGCCCCCAGUCGGAAACAAUCGCUCGUCGAAGCACCGUGGAACCGGAGAAUGUUUUGAAGAGCCUCAAGUUCAAAAUGAGCUUGCGGAAGGAGGAGAUCAUCGUUAACAAUAAAAACACGGACCGAGAGACUUCUCAGCCCAAGUUACACCUCCUGGCACCGAAACCAGCACCGAUCAUGGUAACCGGACUCCUGGGAUCCCCCUUGGUACUGCCGCGAGCACCGUUGCUGCUGGUAACCGCUUCCACGGCCACCGCUGCAAACGUCUCGACGCCAGAGUCGACCACGCGACGUCGCGUCUACGAAUGCGAGCAUCCAGGUUGUCGCAAGAAUUAUUUCAAGUCGUCUCAUUUGAAGGCUCACACGAGGACCCACACGGGAGAACGACCAUUCUCCUGCCCCUACGAAGACUGCAACCGUCGGUUCUCGAGGAGCGACGAACUGUCGAGACACAAGCGUACCCACACCGGCGAGAAGAAGUUCGCUUGCACGGUAUGCCAGAGAAGAUUCAUGAGAAGCGAUCAUUUGGCGAAACACGUGAAACGGCAUGCCAGAGACAGGUCGUCGUCGUCGUCGUCGUCGUCGUCGUCGGCGGCGGCGGCGGCGGCGGCGGCGGCGGUGGGAGCCAACGGUGUUCAAACCUCUGUCGCGCAGGUGACAUCCGCGCCAUUGCGGGUGAGCCUGUUGCCCGUUUUGGCGCCGCGUCUCGCACAACCCGCCCAACAAAUCGUACCGCCGCAAUUGGCAGCUUAAGAAACAUCUGGUACAGUGAUGUGAUGUCACUAGGGCUACUAGCUUGAACUGUAUCAAAAGCUAUGGACGGAGCUUUAAUUACCGCAUUAUCGAGAACCAUUCCAAGAUCGCCGGAACGUCAACGGAGGGAGGAGGGGGGAGGGGGGCGUCGUCGCGUCCCUCGAGAAGCAAUUGGAGGGUGAAUUUGAACGAACGACGAUAAAUGUCCCCCGGGGACAUGAACAGGUUUCGGGAAGUUCCCACGAGAUACAUCGAACCUGCCAGGAUCGAGAGUAAUCGUUGGGGGAUCGGUAUUUUGAUUCGCUUCGAGAUUUACCAAGGAUCUACCGACUCGCCUCUGUAACACGUGUGUAAUCGUGAUUGCUCGGGGAACAAGUUGAUACGAGGCGUACUUAUGAGAAUGAGACCUAAAGGCACGAGAGGAGCGGCGAUAAGUCAUGAAACCGAGGCUUUUCUGCCGUCCGUGAACGGGUGAACCAAGUACCUAAGUGUGUCUGUGAUCUGUGAUGCAUAAGCGCGUUGACCGAGAUAAAUAGUAUUUAUUUAAUAAUUCAAAGACAGCCUUUAUCGAUUACGAAACGAUCGCGAACCGUGCUGUUUUCAUUAUUGCCGACUAGUAGUUACACACGUUAAUUACGAAUCAUAUUAUGUAUAUUGUAUAUAACACGUUCGGUCAAGGAAAUCCUUCCGGACAACGUAAGACUUCGUACUGUAAAGAUAAGAUUUAAUGAUUUUUCUACAAGAACAAAGAUCGAUUACAUGACUUCUAUACUUUCGUAAAA